CCGUGUUUUUUCCGGACACGUUUUGUCAUCGGACAUAUCAAGGAAGCGCCUCUCAGCUAUGACCUGCCAGGUUUGAGAUGGAAAUAAGAGAGGAAUAAUGUUUAAUUUAAGAGCUUUACAAAGGAACAAAACCGUCAAGUAUGGAGUCCCAAUGCUGUUGCUGGUGGUUGGAGGCUCCUUUGGCUUGAAGGAGUUCACACAGAUCCGCUAUGACGCACAGAGGCACAGGAAAAGGUUGGAUCCUGAACUUGAGGCUCAGGUGAACGUCAAGAGACAGGCCACCAUACUGGAGGAGGAGUAUGAGAAGUUGCAGCAGGUGAAUCUGGAUGAGUGGAAGAACAUCCGUGGUCCUCGUCCUUGGGAGGACUCACGGGAGUACCAGGAGCAGCAGCGCAGUCGUCAGAGCAAGCCUGAAAAGGAAACCUGAGCUCUGACAAUAUAAAAGACUGCAGAGGACUGAGGAAGAGGACAAAACAAGAUGACAGAGGAGGACUACAGAGGGUCAGCCUGAGCCCACCACACCAGGACUGAGCCAACAGGAUCGAGGCAGGGACUGAACUGCCUUUGCUUAUGUUGGACUGUGCAAAAAUAAAUAUGUGGGUAAAAAUUGACUCCAUAAAUCUUACAAAAUGUCAAGAUAGCAGGGUCUAAUAAUGUGUCACCAGAAUCUAUAAAAAUCUUCUGAACAGACAGACAGGAGUAAUGGCAGGUGUUUUGUUAUGUAAGGCCACUCAUGAGGCCAUAGCAAAAUGAAAAUAAAUGUCUUUACUUGA